AUGCAGUUUGGCCGCUCCGAGGGGAAGGGGUGCCGCUGCUCUGCCAGGCUCGCGGGGGCUGUCCUCUCUCCCACAGUGGGGAACAUCCCGUAUGAGGCCACAGAGGAGCAGCUAAAGGACAUUUUCUCCGAGGUUGGGCCUGUGGUCAGUUUUAGGUUGGUAUAUGACAGGGAGACAGGAAAGCCGAAGGGCUAUGGCUUCUGUGAGUAUCAAGAUCAGGAGACCGCUCUCAGCGCUAUGCGGAACCUGAACGGACGAGAGUUCAGCGGCAGGGCCUUGCGCGUGGACAACGCGGCCAGUGAGAAGAACAAGGAGGAGCUGAAGAGCUUGGGCACAGGCGCUCCCAUCAUAGAGUCGCCCUAUGGGGACCCUGUGAAUCCUGAAGACGCCCCCGAGUCCAUCAGCCGGGCAGUUGCCAGCCUGCCACCUGAGCAGAUGUUUGAGCUGAUGAAGCAGAUGAAGCUGUGUGUCCAGAACAGCCCCCAGGAAGCCAGGAACAUGCUGCUACAGAACCCCCAGUUGGCUUACGCCCUGCUGCAGGCCCAGGUGGUAAUGAGGAUCGUCGAUCCGGAGAUUGCACUGAAAAUCCUGCAUCGCCAGACCAGUGUUCCUCCUCUGAUCCCAGGUAACCAGCAGCCAGUGCCAGGACCAGGGCCUGGGCCAGGACCAGGGCCAGGGCCAGGUCCAAACGCCCAGCUGAACCCACAGAAUACCCCAUCGUCGCAGCCACAGCCCAUAGGUGGCAUGCACGUAAACGGUGCUCCUCCUCUGAUGCAGCCGCCUAUGCAGGGAGGAGUGCCAGCCCCAGGACAGAUGGCAGCCGCUGUGCAGGGCCCGGGCCCUGGCCCUGGCCCCAUGGCCCCGGGAGGCGGGCUGCAGCCGCAGGUUGGGAUGCCAGGAGGAGGGCCUGUGCCCUUGGAACGCGGACAAGGGAACCUGCAGCUCUCGCCCGUGGGACCUGCCAGGCCUGCGUCUAUCGAACGCGUUCAAGUGCCCAUGCCAGACCCGAGGGCCCCUAUGCAGCGUGGACCUCUACCUGCUAGUGGCCCGCCACCCCGAGGCCUUUUGGGAGAUGCCCCGAAUGACCCUCGUGGAGGGACCCUGCUUUCAGUCACUGGAGAAGUGGAGCCCAGAGGUUACCUUGGGCCGCCCCACCAAGGAGCCCCUAUGCACCAUAUGCCUGGCCAUGACAGCCGUGGCCCCCCCCAUGAGAUGAGGGGGGGACCCAUGGGAGAACCCCGACCACUGAUGGGAGAGCCGCGGGGGCCCUUGAUGGAUGCUCGAGGUGAGAGCGGGGGCAUGAAACCCCCCAGGCAAAGGAGGCAGCGGGCUCACUCCUCCUCUUCCUACAGCACAGCUCCCUUCCACAGCUUGCCUUGUCUUUCCUCUGCAGUCAGAAGAGAUCAGCGAGGGCUGGAGCCACGAGGGCUAGAGCCACGGGUGAUGGAGCCACGAGGCCUGGAGCCAAGGGGCAUGGAGCCACGGGUCCUGGAGCCACGAGUGCUGGAAGCGAGGGCCAUGGAGGCUAGGGUCAUGGAGCCCCGGGGCCUGGAGCCUCGAGGGCCUGGUCCCAAUCCACGCGGCCCAAUGCCUGGUGGGAUACAGGGUCCUGGACCACUUAACAUGGGAGCCAGUGGUCCCCAGGGGCCCCGCCAGGUUCCUAACAUGGCAGGGGCAGGCAUGCAAGGAGGAGGCAUGCCUGGGGCAGGGGUCCAAGGAGCUGGUCAGCCUGGGGGCUUUAGCCCUGGGCAGAGCCAGGUCACCCCGCAGGAUCACGAGAAGGCAGCCCUGAUAAUGCAGGUUCUGCAGCUGACAGCAGACCAGAUCGCCAUGCUGCCCCCGGAGCAACGGCAAAGUAUCCUUAUUCUAAAGGAGCAAAUCCAGAAAUCCACAGGGGCGCCGUGAUAGGCUUGGCAGGCAUGUGGCAAAGACGCCGUCCACCUGGACAGAGGCGACGUUCUGUGGCAGCUGCUUGGCAUCGCUGUCGGAGCUGAUGCUGCGUUUAGGGAGAGGUUUCUCCUCCUCACCCAGUGUUUUGCUCUCUCAUUCACCCCUUUUCCUCUGUAUAUUUUAUGAUGUUUCAAAUAAAG